GAAAAGAAUAGAAAAAGACUAAUCCAAUUCAUCUUCUUCCGAGUUCCGACUUCCGAGUCAAAUUUUUUACUUUUGAUUCGUUCCAUCACAAUCUUAUUUUGUUUCAAAUUCUGUUUACCAAAAUCCCUGACCUGUCAAGUUCUCCACUCUUAAACCCUAGUGCCUGAAAUCGCGCGGAGAGCAAAAGAUCCCAUAACUUCGUUUCCCUACACAUCUGAUUUCGGACCGUGCUAAACCUAUUACUUCUCGAGGAAGCUGGUUUGAACUCGCGCUGAAUUUGGGUGCCAAUUUGUCCAAUAUUUCGAGAUUAGAGGUUGGCACGGGCAUUGAUUGUAAUGUCCAACAAUUCCCAAUCUUCUGGUGGUCAGUUUCGACCAAUGGCUCAUCAACCAGGGCAACCAUUUAUGCCUGUAGCUUCCCAACAGUUCCACCCUGUUGGACAAGGCAUUCCCUCCUCCAACAUUGGGUUACAUCCAGCUCAGGGGCAGCAGCAGCAUUAUUCUCAACCAAUGCAUCAGUUGCCUCCUUGGUCUGGUCAGCAUGGGCAUUUGCCACCUUCAUCACAGGCUGUGCCAAUGCAGUAUAUGCAACAACAUAGACAUCUUACAGCUAGCUCCACACAGCCCCAGCAACCUGGUCACCCUAUAGGUAACCAUAUGCCUGUGGUGGGUGCUUCAGGGGUUCCUUUCUCUUCAACCUAUACUUUUGCCCCAUCUUUUGGCCAGCCACAGAAUACUCAUGUGCCAUCACAAUACCAGCCAGUUCCUCAGGCCCACACAUCUGUUGCACCUGCUGGGGGUCAACCCUGGCUGCCCUCUGCUAGUCAUGGGGCACCACCUGUUGUCCCAGUCCAGCCAACUGGCCAACAACCUCCGGUCUCUUCUUCUGAUCCUGCAACAGAUGGCUCUAGCACGGGCCCACAAUCUGCACAGGAUUGGCAAGAGCAUACAGCUCCUGAUGGGAGGAGAUAUUAUUACAACAAGAGAACAAGGCAAUCUAGUUGGGAGAAGCCGCUUGACUUGAUGACACCAUUGGAGAGAGCUGAUGCUUCCACUGUUUGGAAGGAGUUUACAACACCAGAGGGUAAAACAUAUUACUAUAACAAGGUUACAAAGCAGUCUAAGUGGUCUAUACCUGAGGAAUUGAAGUUAGCUCGUGAACAAGCUCAACAUGCUGCUGCCCAUGGGGCCCGGUUGGAAACAGAUGUGCCUUCUCAGGGAAUGUCUGCUGCCGCAGGAACUAUUAGUGAAACAGCUAAUGCAGCUAAUUCAACUAGUUCUGCCGUCUCAGUAUCUAUUGAAGUAGCUGCAAGCCCUAGCCCAGUGCCAGCGGCACUUGCUGGAGCUUCCCAAAUGACAUCUUCCGGACCAUCUGCUGCCGUUGCACAGUCCACCACAGCAUCUAAUGGUGCUAUCCCAAACUCUGCAGUGGCAAUGGAUUCUUUACCCCCUGACGUUCCAGGAACUCCUGGUGCUGCUGCUGCUGCUGUUGUGAAUGCUAAGACAACAUUACCGAGUAACUUUGAUAAUGCAUCAUCUCAAGGUAUUUCAAAUUCAGGGGAUGGAUCUUCACGCGAUAAUGAGGAAUCACCGAAGGGAACAACAGCGCCAGCGAAAAGCAGUGAUUCCCUUUUAGAGGAGAAAGCUAAAGAGGAUGAACCACUAGUUUUUGCAAAUAAGCAGGAAGCAAAAAGUGCAUUCAAGGCCUUACUGGAAUCAGUGAAUGUUCAGUCUGAUUGGUCGUGGGAGCAGACAAUGAGAGAAAUUGUUAACGACAAAAGAUAUGGUGCCUUAAGGACACUUGGAGAGCGGAAGCAAGCAUUUAAUGAGUACUUGGGCCAAAGGAAGAAAAUAGAAGCCGAGGAGAGACGCGCGAGACAGAAAAAAGCUCGCGAGGAAUUUUCGAAGAUGCUGGAAGAGUCCACAGAACUUACAUCGUCCAUGAAGUGGAGCAAGGCGUUAAGCUUGUUUGAGAAUGAUGAGCGGUUUAAGGCUGUUGAGAAAGUCCGAGACCGGGAGGAUCUUUUUGACAACUACAUGGUAGAACUUGAAAGGAAGGAAAAGGAGAAGGCUGCGGAGGAGCAUAGAAGUAAUGUAUCAGAGUAUAGGAAGUUUUUGGAAUCUUGCGACUUCAUUAAGGUAAACAGCCAGUGGCGGAAAGUCCAAGAUCGAUUGGAGGAUGACGAGACAUGUCUGCGAAUUGAGAAACUUGAACGACUGCUCAUUUAUCAGGACUACAUUCGUGACUUAGAGAGAGAAGACGAGGAACAAAAGAAGGCAUAUAAGGAACAGCAGAGGCGGGCUGAACGGAAAAACCGAGACUCAUUUCGAAAAUUGUUGGAAGGACAUGUUGCAGCUGGUACUCUGACCGCCAGAACUCAUUGGCUGGAUUAUUGUUUGAAGGUAAAGGAUCUUCCUGAAUAUGAAGCUGUUGCAGCAAAUACCUCAGGGUCAACACCAAAAGAGUUAUUUGAGGAUGUGUAUGAAGACUUGGAGAAACAGUAUCACGAAGAUAAGACUCGCAUAAAGGAUGCAAUGAAGUCAGCAAAGAUAAGCUUGAUUACGACUUGGACUUUUGAGGACUUCAAGACUGCUAUUGCCGAGGACAUUGAUUCUCAGUCUAUAUCAGAUAUAAACUUUGAGCUUGUAUAUGAGGAUUUAAUGGAGAGAGCCAAGGAGAAAGAAGAGAAAGAAGCUAAAAAGCGGCAGCGGCUUGCUGAUGAUUUUACAGAACUGUUGCAUUCGUAUAAGGAGAUCGUCACAUCAUCUACCUGGGAGGAGUCAAAACCAUUGAUCGAAGAUAGCCAGCAGUACAGGGCAAUUGGGGAAGAGAGUUUGAGCAAAGAGAUUUUCGAGGAAUAUAUUGCACAUCUACAGGAAAAGGCUAAAGACAAGGAACGUAAGCGUGAAGAAGAAAAGGCGAGAAAGGAGAAAGAGAAAGAGGAGAAGGAGAGGCGGAAAGAGAAAGAGAAAGAGAGGAAGGAGAAGGAGAAGGAGAAGGAGAAAGAACGAGAAAGAGAAAAGGACAAGGGAAAAGAACGUAGUAUGAAAAAAGAGGACACAGAUAGUGAGAAUAUGGAUGCUGUUGUUAGUGAGAGUCAUGGGCACAAAGAUGAGAAGAAGAGAGGGGAUAAAGACAGCAGGAAACACAGGAAGAGACAUCAUCAGAGUAACAAUGCUGCUGCUGCUGAUGACAUAAGCUCGGAUAAAGAUGAGAUAGAGGAACCAAGUAGUAGAAAAUCACGCAGACAUGGCAGUGAUCGUAGUAAAAGGUCCAGAAAGCGCUCAUACACACCUGAGUCAGACAGUGAGAGCCGGCACAAGAAGCAUAAGAAAGAGCGCAGUAGGAAUAGCGGUCAUGAUGAGCUGCUGGAGCUAGAAGAUGGAGAAGUUGGUGAGGAUGGAGAAAUUGGGUUGUAGGUCUGUCCUCUUCCUAGCAUACAACUUGUUUCCUUUUGUUGCUUAGGAUGAUUAGCCAUUUAGGCCAUGGAAAAAAAAAAUACCAUUACCCAGUACCCACCAUCUUUACAAAUGGCACCUGCAAUAUUGCGAGUUAAGUUUGGUACUCUUAGGUGACGGGCUUUGUAUCAGUGGUCUGUCAAUGGUAACCUUGGAAAGUUCAUUGGAUGAUGUAGAGUCACAACGACUGUAUCCUUGGGUCACUUAAAGUAGGCUGAUUCAGAUUGGUCCAGUUACUGGGUAGUUCCAACAUUCCCAUCGAGUGCAGGCAGUCUGCUGUGAUGUGUGGGGACUGUUGUGUUUCUUGUGCCCUAUGAUUCAAGGACCAGUAGUUGUUUUAAAAGUUUCUGGGUCUGCUCAGAUACUUCUAAUAAUAGAUAAUGUUAGGAUCCAUCGAGGUGUUCCUGUGCCAGUUGUCUAAUUGGUUUAUUAUCUUCACCUUUAAUGAGUGAAACUGUGUCUUUAAUCCUACUUUUGGCACAGACUGGUCCCCCUUAAUAGUCAUCUUCUACUUUUGUUAUCAUCACAACUCACAAGCUUGGGUUCUUUUGUGUUUCUCAGUACAGUUAAACCGUUUAGACAUGGAAAUGUGCCCUU